AAACUUCCUGCCGCGACAUCCCGCCUGUUCGCAUUUUCAACACACCCUGUCGCCGGCUCUUCCAUCGGCGCUGGCAUCAGAAAUAAUUGUGUGCAGCGUCGAGUCCGCAGCGCGCACUGCCGGGGAUUAGUAGUUACUGGCAUACAUCGACGCACACCGGCAAGAAUCAUCAUCAACAACAAGACAGCUUCACGUCUUGGCAGCAGCGCAGCCAGGCUCAGCCAGCCCGCCCGCCCUCUGCCCUCUGGAGAUCCAUCACGCCAAGAAUGGACGUCAACUCUACUCCGCAGACCGUCGCCCAAGCCGUGCAGGCCGCAACGGCCCAGGCCCAGCAGGCAGCGUCGCAGCCAUCGCCGCCCGUGCAGGCACCGCAAACCACACAGUCGUCGACCAUUGACAACCUCACCUGCCAGUGGCAAGGCUGCGGUGAGCGAUGCGACAGCGCUGAAGCCCUCUACGACCACGUCUGCGAGCGCCAUGUCGGUCGCAAGAGCACCAACAACCUCAACUUGACCUGCCAGUGGGGUGCAUGCCGCACCACCACCGUCAAGCGAGAUCACAUCACCUCCCACAUCCGCGUGCAUGUCCCCCUCAAGCCGCAUAAGUGCGACUUCUGCGGCAAGGCCUUCAAGCGACCGCAGGAUUUGAAGAAGCACGUCAAGACCCAUGCCGACGACAGCGUCCUGAUGAACUCGCCUCAGCACGCCUCCAAUGCACGCGCCAGCAGCGGUGGCAUCCAGAAUGGCGCCAAGCCGCUCACGACUCCAUGCAAAAUCCCUACCCCAACUACCAGCCAGGCAUGACCAACGGCAGCAACGGCUACGGCGCAGCGCCUGGUACCCAGUACGCCGGCUACGGCUCAGUCAGCUAUCCCAACAGCGCCGCCGUUGCCGACAUCCAGAGCAUGGACACUCGCCGCCGCGCCAUCGAAGCUCUGAACGACUUCCUCGGCG